AUCUCCAUUUGGAUCCAUUUCUUUGGGGUUGUUCUCUCUUUCCUCUCUCUCUCUCUACUCGAGAGCUUCGCAAUCCCCCACCUCUCCUUCCACAAGUCCGUUGGAUCAGCAGCCAGCUAGAGCAACAACCAAUUUCGUCAGCGCCGGCCGAUAAUGUUUCUAUUCGACUGGUUCUAUGGAGUUCUCGCAUCGCUUGGGUUAUGGCAGAAAGAGGCCAAGAUCCUCUUCUUGGGUCUCGAUAACGCCGGCAAGACCACUCUCCUUCACAUGUUGAAAGACGAGAGACUAGUCCAGCACCAGCCGACCCAGCACCCUACAUCGGAGGAGUUGAGUAUAGGGAAGAUCAAGUUCAAGGCUUUCGAUUUGGGUGGCCAUCAGAUCGCUCGCCGCAUCUGGAAGGACUAUUACACCAAGGUGGACGCAGUUGUCUAUCUUGUGGAUGCCUAUGACAAGGAAAGGUUUGCAGAGUCCAAGAAGGAGUUGGACGCCCUCCUAUCGGACGAAGCACUGGCCAACGUCCCGUUUCUCAUCCUAGGAAACAAGAUCGACAUUCCCUAUGCAUCUUCAGAAGAGGAGCUUCGAUACCAUCUAGGGCUUACCAGUUUCACUACUGGCAAGGGGAAGGUCAACCUCAUGGACUCCAACGUCCGACCUCUUGAGGUCUUCAUGUGCAGCAUCGUCCGCAAGAUGGGGUAUGGGGAUGGCUUCAAGUGGCUCUCUCAGUACAUCAAGUAGAGAGAGAUGAAGCAGCAGAUAUAAUAGAUGGGUUCUGUAUUCUUUACCAGAACUUCUUCCUUCUUUUUCUCUCUUUGCCCCCCUUUUCUGGGUUUAUCUUCGUGUCAUUUUUGCUGUGACUUGGUACAAUUAGAUUGGAAGAAUGGAAUUCUUUGUUGUUAUGGGUAAAACUCGUUUGGUUGGUUGAAGGAUUGAGCAAAAACUUGGCAGUAUAAACCAUCCCCUAUUGAAAUAGCUCUCACCCAUCUGUGGAGAAACUAGCCGAUAUCAGAAUCAAUGUGUUAGCACUUAGCAGCAACUCUGUUCAUGUCAAGCUUGUCAUUUGUCUGGGGUUUGAGGCCAUAAUGAAUGUAUGUUGAAAAU